AUGUCAUCGCAAUCAUCCCAAGCCGACCAACAACAACAGUCAUCACAGCCAGGGCAACCCAAUGCUUGGGAGAAGGCGGAGCGCAAAUUUGCCAAUAAACAUGCGAGUGAAUACUAUGACCCAUGCCAGGAUUUCGCAGAUCGAAGUCUCAAGUGCAUGAAGCGGAACGCCUUUGACAAAGAUAUGUGUGGAGACUACUUCCAGUACGUUUAUUCCAUUCUUUCCUGCCAAUCUGUGCUGGUGUUCAGUUUUGUGAGCUUACGCGAGCUAAUCUGUUUCCCGAAAGAGCCUAUCGUGACUGCAAAAAGGAAUGGGUAUGUUGAACUAGUUAAUGUCAUUCAUCAGGGUCAAAACAGCCCAGAGGGGAGCAAGGACGGCGCCAAGGGGACCUAUGCGAUUAUCAUGCUAACAUUAUUUCAGUUGACCCAGAAGAAGCUCAACUAG